CUCUGAUGAUGGCUGCCGCUAAUGACCGUGCCACUUGCUUUGUCGCGUACAGUUCCCGAAUUUGUCAAAAUCCAUCGGUAUGUGAGUACUCUAACCUCGGUUCUUUUCGUUCCAGAUAGAUUAGUUCUUGCAUUUUCGGUACUUGUGAUUCUCGCAUCGUAGUCGGUAGAGGCCUGGCCUUGGCGUGUAUUGAGAAUUCGGUUUGAUUUAAAUUUCCAUAUCGGUUUGCAUUUAGGUCUGUCAAUAGCCGACCUCUCGCUUGGUUGUGUCGGUUUUGUGAGGCGAAGUCUCGGUGCUUCAAUUGAGUACGGUCAUGGUGAAUUUCCAGUGAUUCGUCGUCGUUGUUUAUCUCGUCUUGUCGACAUCAUUUCUGCUGCUUUUAAGACUGCAUACAAUUUCUUUGCACAUCAAAUGACUAUUCCAUUUCCAACAACAGUGGCUUCACGCCAAGGAGAAAACGGCGAAUCGUUUCGUCGCCUCCAAAACUAACGAACCCCAAAAAAAACACCCAAAAAUAUUAAGUUUAUCCCUACUUUUUUUCAAUACUAUCUUUCUAGCAGACACUAACAGAGUUUCGAGUCGAUUCGCGUUUUUGUUCUUUCUUCAUCUACUUCCCAUCUUUCCCUGUUAACAUGGCCGAACUUCCGUACAUGUCGGGGCACAGCCCUGUGCAGUACUUGAACCUGCGUCGGGAGGUUACGAAGCAGGAGAUGCGGGAUCACCCGGCGCACCCGUGCAGACACGAUUUCCGCACGGUGACCAGCGGGAUCGACGGGUGUGACAUGCGCGUACUGGACUACGCUCCGCGGUACCGCGCUUUUCACGUCAGCACGGAGUACCGGGACCACCUCGGCUACAACGACGAGGCCCGGUGGCGCGCCUACAACGGGCCGCGGUUGCAAAACUGCAUCCGCGUGGCCGGCCUGCCCUCCUGGCCCACCAUCGCAGGGCGGGGGGACCGAAUCAACCACCACAACCGACGCUACGAGCGCGCGUCUAAGUUGCAAAAUGUGCAGAAGGAGCGAGGAUGCUACUCGAACGAGUAUUCUAUAUUCAGUUUUCUUCAGCCUAUGAUGGAUAAUCCCACGACGAUGAUAUAUCUAUGUGCGUCUUUUGCUGUCUCAUCUUAAAUGAAAAUUCGGCACGUAGCGACAUUUGCAAGGAUGUAGUAAUCGCAAAAAAUCUACAGGCAGGAGUGGCGGCAGGUGCGCUUUACAGAGUUGGGCGGGAUGCGCGCGCUGUCAGGUCGGGGCACCAUGCCAACUGACAUGCGACCACACGUGGGGCGAGAGCUCAUGGAAAACGGAGAAACGAUUACAACACUGACGCACAAAGAACCUGCAAUGAUCAGCGCCCGGAGCGACUCGACCUCUGCCCGGUCUUCCGGCCGGAGACACACAAAAGCAUGAAACUCUGGCACUGACGGGAGUUGCUUUGCACGACACCCGGAUCGGUAGAUUGAACGAGCUGAUGCCUCCCCUGCUCGUCCUUCGCCGUGACUCUUGCCAAAUCAUGCACACCUCGUUCGUAUCUGUAUCUGUACCAACCACACAUAGGGAUAAGAAGAAGUUUUUCAUUCAUGUACUAUGGCAUUUUCAUACGAUCCUGUUUCCCGCCCUUC